AGUCGAUCGUCCGUAUUUCGCGCGUGUCGGAAGCCGCUCCGUAACCGAGAAUAAUCGAAAAAAAAAUACAGAAUAAAAGCAUGGUGCUUGUCGAUCAGCUCGCAGUUCGGUUGUUCAUUCGUUGAGUCGAGACUUGUGACAAUUUUCAAAUUUUAGAAAUGGAGUAUUUGAGCUUUGAUCCGAAAAGUAAAAAGCUGACGCUGGAAGAAUGCGCCGUUCCUUCGCCAUCCGAGAAGGAAGUUCUAAUCAAAGUUUCACAUUCUGGAAUCUGCGGUACCGAUUUACACAUACUCGACGGCGCCUUCCCCUGCAAAGAUGGCCCGCUAAUUUUGGGUCACGAGUUCUCCGGUCUUGUGCAGGCUGUCGGUUCGGCGGUAACGGCUUUCAAGGUCGGGCAAAAAGUUGUCGCUGAUCCGAACACUGGGUGCAAUACUUGCGACUUUUGCCACGGCGGUAACUACCACUUUUGCAGACUCGGCGGUGUUCACAACACCAUAGGAAUAUUUCGUGACGGGGGCUGGGCUACCCACGUCCUAGUUCCCGACUCCCAAGUACACUUAGUGCCCGAGGGAGUGAAACUACCUCAAGCAGCCCUGGUCGAGCCAUUGUCCUGCCUGGUCCACGGUUGGGACAUAUUAAAUCCUGUCCAUGUUGGUACGAGAAUUUUGAUAAUAGGAGCGGGAAUAAUCGGUUCGUUGUGGUCGUGUCUCCUCCAUCUCUACGGUCAGCGAAAAACAGUGACGAUCAGCGAGCCUCAGGUGAAGCGGAGACGACUGUUCGAAAAUUUGGAUUUGGGCUUCAAGACUGUUGCUCCGGAGGAUUUAAAGGGCUCGGAGUUCGAUCUAGCGAUAGAUUGCAGUGGCUCAGGUCCCGCUAUGCAGGAAGCCUUGACUUUGCUGGGCAGGGGAGGACGGCUCUGCGUUUUUGGAGUCGCCAAUCCGAAUACGGAAGUCAAAUUCAAACCGUUCGAGGUUUACGCGAGGGAAUUGGCCAUUGUCGGCGUGAACAUUAAUCCAUUCACCUUCCCGAAAGCUUUGUCUCUGAUAACGGCUAUGACCGACACUUAUCUCGACUACGAAAAACUAGGAAUAGGUGUCUACUCGUUGAAACAGUAUCAGGAGGCUUUGACUGCUCUGAGGAACGGUGAUAUCAGUAAAGUAGUAUUUAAAUUUUAGUCAUAAAUUAUAACCCAAUCGUCACUUUGUAUUAUCAGUAAAUUGCGAUCAGUUAUCGUAAUAUUAAAAAAACAAAUUUUUCUAAUCGUCAAUGUUAUUUACCUAUCCUUCUUUAUCUCAUCUGUCUCCUUCGUCCUGCAGAUCAGCGUUAGUUUUCAACGUCAAAUUUUUUUCAGGCAUUACUGACAUCUUCGCACAGUGCAAGGAUUCGCAAUGAUCUAAGGAACUAAAGUUCUGUACACCAUAAUUGCUAGGUACUUUUAUUUUUCCUAGCUGCCCCGGCACCUGAAACAAAAAUUCAUUCGCAGUAUGAAGUCUGAGGCAAAAAAAUCGUGCUAAUUUCAGUGAUCAAAAUUUCACAGCUUAAAAUCAAACUCUUCAGAUACAGGGUUUCUCUCGAUGACGUAUAAUUCUCUCGUGAAUAUGUCCAAUGAUCUCUGAACUUGAUGUCCGCGUAAUUAAAGGCUGGUUGUACAUUCGUUCGCAUGCAUCAAGUUUGAACGGACUAUCUAUUUACCGAAUAAUAUCUGCUGGCACUAUUUACGGAUGUCUGAUAACAAUACGGUUCACAACGGCGAUGUAUGCAGGAUGUGAGUUGUCCGGAUAAGGCGCUCGCUUUCAUGAAAUUGUCACAGUGCAUUCCUCGCUUCUCCCAAGUACCGAACACGACCUCAAAAAUGUAUACGUUCUACGGAUUUCUGGUGAUUUGUAGCGGGUUACAAAUAGGUGAGUACGCAGCCUUUUCUUCUCGAGAACCGGGUGUCGUUGGAGGGGAACUAUUAGCGGCAACGCCAAUGGUAAUUCAAAGUAUCGGAAAAAACCUAUCCCUGGACUGCGAGCUUUCAAAUUAUGGAAAUAACCCUACUCGUUGGUCGAUAGUUAACCGUGACGUAGUCACUAAUUUAACGACCGAAGAUGGAACGGAGCUUGUUGUCCCGAACAAUCGAUAUGGUUUAGUUAACAACGCGGAACGAUCAACGACGACAUUUACGAUUAAAAAUUUCCAACAAGAAGAUACGGGACUCUAUUUUUGUGAGGUAGGGCAGCUAAAUGGUCAUGGAUUGUUCUAUUACAUCAACGUGGGAGUUCGACAAUAACGGAGUUCGUUAAUGUUUCGAUGAUGCCGUUAAUCUAAAAAUGUAAAAAAAUACAGUUACCUUUGCGCACAAGGUCUCGCGUACUGUGUUCAAGCACCGCCUGACUGAUCGUGAUUUACAAACUGAGGCGUCAAUGGAGGCGAAGGUCCAACAAUUUCGUUACUGAUAAAUUGAACAAACAAAUUGGAAAAGACGCAAUUUAUCUCAAUUCAUUUUUACUGCCAUUCAGCUGUUUCCAAUUCUUUUUCAAGAUAGAAUCAAAUGCAGCACGUCUACGAUACACGUAACAUCAAUGCCUCGAAAUAUUGGGUGUCUCGGUUAUCGUUGCUUUUCUCCAAUAACAUAAUUCCACUUAGAAUUAGUGCAGUUGCAAAAUCACGAGUUUUGUAGAUCGCUCUGCGUACAUCGACCUUCGUAACCAAACCGGUUGGAAGACCCAUAUACCGUAAUUAAGCAGUAAAAGUCUUCGAACUGUUAUCCGAAUAUAUAGACUUGAUGUAUUCCUAUCAUUUGAUUCCAUUUAUUUAGGUCAAUUUCUAGGAAUUAUCAUAUUACGUGCAGAGAAUACAUAUAAAUUCACGGUACACUGCAAAUAAGCACUUUCAUGUACAUGAAAUUAUAAAUACAUUGUUUGUUCAAAGUCAAAGUUCAAUUCCUUCUACACACAAUUUAUCCAUCCAGAUAAGAGGCCCGAUAAGAUUUCUGAGAAAACAAAUAGAUUUUAGCUAUAAGCCAAUAACUUACUAAAUAGUUUGAAAGGUGGAUGAUUUUUUGCUUAUUUUAUACCUUCCGAAAUUUCAAGAGAUCAUCACUGCGAUGGUUGGCGAACAUUUAAUUCCACAUCGGCAGAAGGUCGAUUCUCAGGGCCGAUGGAUAAUACACAUUUAUAGAGUCCGGCGUCUAUUAAUUGAAGAUUAGAGAUCUAAAAAAAUGUGCAAAUAGGUGAGUAACACGUAUAAGAGCCAAUGCCACGUUCGUCCGACAUAAGUAAAAUACUUAAGAUUAACCAAAAUUGUACCGUCAAUGUAAACUCCAAAGAUGUUGCGUUACGGUGUGUAGCCACUGAAUAACGGUUGUCAGGAACAACAAGUGCACUUCCGCUUGAUAUAUAUAGGGUAUGUUCUGCAACCUUUGUCCAGAGAACAGGAAUAUCCACAGCAUUAUCAGCGACACAUGACAGGCUCACAGCGUCUCCGACCGCUUUAAUUUGUUUCGGCGAAAUGUAAGUAAUAGCUGGCCGAUCCUGCAAAGUAGCUGUAGAAGAGUGAAAAUUUAUCCAAAAAAAAAUAACAGCGUUUGAACUUCUUAAUUACUGCCGCGAAAAAUAAUUUUACCUGUUCGUAGCGUCACGGCUAGAAAGACCAGGUACACGAGAAAGGAAUUCAUCGUAUGAAGCUGCAAUCGUAUACAGAACUUGAACGAGGAUCACUUGCGAACGAUCGUUCAACGAAUGAGACAAAGUUCGCGUUCAGCCUGAUAUAUGCUAUCUCACACCACUCACGGUCGAAACUGAAUUACAACAUAUUCUUUAAGAUGUUAUAAUUCGUCUGACAUAUUAACGGUCAACGGCCUAUUUCGCAACCAAUAUUUCUUAUGAUUUUUACUCAGCGAUGCGGCGUGGUACGAUAAACAAUUGUUAAUAGAUUGACGGAAUUUCUAUUCAAGUGGUGUCGCUGGGAAAUUAAUGUAGUAGUAGAAGGCGAACAUUUGUCAAUACGGUAAUACGUACGGUAUGUUUCUCGAAUGUUUUAAAAAUGUUGUUUAAUUGGGUCAUAACAAGUUUUUCCGUAUUCAGUAUAUAUGGUCGAAAUAACAAAAUGCAUAAUUUAAGAUAAUUUAUCUUAGUUCUUACGGAAUACGCGGUAAAAAGUUUACAAGUGUAAAAUAUUGUACAUAUUGUAAAAAAGUCGUUCGUUAUUCUACAUUCAUCACGAUUAAUUAUUAAAUUUGAUGUUAUUGCGCUGUACGUUACUAAUUUGUAAAAAUGUUAUAUAAAAACACCUAAGUACUAGUGAAUAUUAUCGUUACAUAUUAUUAUAAUUGCGAGUACGUUGGAAACCCAAUAAACAGGUUCAACCCAACUAAGCAGUACUCUGUUAAUGAGAUUAAAUAUGUGACAAUACUUGUAACGUAUGUCUGGAGUACCUUAAUUACUUGGUACUCAAAUGUGUAUUAACUUGUUUAUUUCAUUUUCACUUCUAUUGCUAAUUUGUAUAAAUGUUAGAUUUAGCAUAACGUUUACUCUAUAAUAAAAGUAACGAAGAAAAAUGGACGCAAAUAAAAUACAUAUCGCAGGCGAUAUGUAAAUAUAAUAAAAUACCGCGACAUAGGUACUUCCGAUUUUUUGCUGCCUGGUUAAUCACUUUACACGAUAGAUUCAACCUCGAGAUUCGAUGACGUGGCCUCUGUUAGGGUCCACAGAAAUUAAUAACAUAAUAAUAUUAGGUAACAUUAGAACACGAAAAUUUGUCAUUUCUAUUGUCGAACGCAACAAUUCAGUUUGACUGAUGAUGCUAAGA